CUGCUUGUCUCUUGUAUCAGAUUUUGGCGCUAAGUUUAGGAGGAUCUCCCACGCCACCCAGACCUUCUUCCUCUGCGAAUCUAGUCAUUCGUGUUUUGGGCGUCCUGACCAAGACAUAAUGUUAUUGUUCUACUCCUCCCGGUUACUGGUUUCCUGAUGAUUGUCUCUGUUCAUCGUUCUUCGCCGUGUUCCUUGUUGUUCUGUUCUAGCUGUUAACACCUAAUCGCCAUGGCCACUUCAUUACGGUUUCUUUUACUCCUCGCCGGUUUGGCCCAGGGUCACAGCAACCUUGGCCAUCAGGCACUAUGCGGGCCGGGCCCAUCUCUCAUAUUGUCCAGCAGCUCUCCAGUAUGCCACGUUAGCCAGGGAUAUCAGUCGAAUGUCACGGACAAAGACUCUAUCUCUGGGAGCUCCCAAUCUCAAAGUGAGACUGAUUGGACCGGUGCCAGAGAGCACACUUGGACCCACACAUCGCCAUGUUUCCGAAUGGGACUGUCAGAGCAGGAAUAUUGCGUCUUUGCAGAUGUUAACUUUGCCGGGGGUAGAGGGAUCUCACUAGUCAUGGAAUCUCGGCGAGCCAACUUCCUCGCAACAACCCCAGCCUUUGUCGAGCCUGAAAUCAAUGACGGCGUCAACCAAGACCUCGUUCGGACAGUCAGGGCCAAGUACGAGGUGAAAGAGAUCCCCGGCAAAGGCAUGGGCAUUGUAGCUACCGAACAUAUCCGGCGCGGCGACCUCAUCCUAGCCAACACGGCCUCGCUCAUGAUCGACUACGGCGCGUAUUCACUAGGCACAGAUGAAUACCUCGAGCUGGAAGCGCGCGCGGUGGACUACCUGCCCAGCGCACACCGCGCUGCGCUUCUUAACCUGUCCUCGCACGACGGGACCUUCGCGACGCACGCUGAGCACGUUGACAAGGUGAUUCGGACGAACGCCUUUGACAUUUACCCCGACGACGACGAGGAGGGCUCCGAGAUUCUGUUUGUCGUCUUCCCGGAGAUUGCGCGCAUGAACCACGAUUGCCGGCCCAACGCCGAGUACCGCUUCGACCGCGGCACUCUGGCGCAGUACAUCACGGCGCUGCGCGACAUCUUCCCCGGCGAGGAGCUCACGCUGACGUACAUCGACCCGGAGAAGCCGCGUGCCGCGCGCAUGGGCAAGUUGGAGGACAACUGGGGGUUCAAGUGCACCUGCUCGCACUGCACCAUGGACAGGGCGCGCGCCGACGAGUCGGACGCGCGCAUCGCCCAGAUCAAGAAGCUGUGGGAUUCCAGAGACGAAGCCGGGCGCGGCAGCCCCGAGAUGGCCGAGCUGAUCAUCAGCCUGUACGAACAGGAGCGGUUGUGGGGCAAGAUGCCUGGUGCCCUUGUCUUUGCGGCGCUCGAGUUCAACGCCGCCGGCGACCCCUGGACGGCGGUCAAGUAUGCGAGGCGGGCGAUUGAAGUGUCCAUCCCGAUUUUGGGGGAGAACUCCAAGGAGGUACGCCAAAUGAAGAAGCUGGCCGAGGACCCGCAGUCGCACUGGAGCUGGAAUAUCUCAGUCCGGGAUAAGGAGGAAGCUACAGCAUGAGCUUGGUUAUGAGCGAUGGAUUACUAGUGGCAUCGAAGAGCGUUGUUUGGGAGGUGUAUACGUACUUAGCGCGCUUGUAUGAGUGGGAUUGGCGUUUGGGCGUUUGGGUUCCAAGUACGUUUUGAUGAACAGGGUACACCAUGGAUCAUGAGUAUCAAUGUAUAUAAGUCCGGGCGGUAGGGACUCCUGUCGGAGUUUGAGAGUGAUAGUUCUGGUCGAACUAUGUUGCCCGUGUGUAUGGCAUUGUUCUCUUCAACACUGCUUCAGUU